CGAUGUCGACCGACGCGGGGUAGUUCUGGUGGGUACGGAGAAGUUUGGAAACCGAAUAUUGUGGAAUUAUUUUAAAUCAUAUAGGAAAAAAAACUAACGGAAAUAUAUUUAUCUCUUGGAGCAGAGUCUCGAUUUAUCAGUGAAUGAAGAUGAUGUCUGAUGCCAGCGACAUGUUGGCAGCCGCUCUGGAACAGAUGGAUGGCAUUAUAGCAGGUUCCAAGGCUCUGGACUACUCCAAUGGGUUGUUUGAUUGCCAGUCACCCACCUCUCCUUUCAUGGGCAACCUGCGGGCACUUCACCUUUUGGAAGACCUUAGGGGCGUCCUGGAGUUGAUGGACACAGAGGAAAGGGAGAGUCUACGCUGCCAGAUCCCCGACUCCACAGCUGAUAGUCUGGUCGAAUGGCUCCAUGGUCACCUGUCCAACGGACAUGUCUCUCUGGCUGGGGGUGACCACUACCAGGAAAGGCUUUCCCGAAUAGAGAGUGAUAAGGAGUCUCUGGUGCUUCAGGUGAGUGUGCUGACAGACCAGGUGGAAGCUCAGGGUGAGAAGAUUCGGGACCUGGACUUGUGUUUGGACGAGCAUAGGGAGAAACUCAAUGCCACUGAGGAAAUGCUGCAACAGGAGCUUCUGUGCAGAAGUGCACUGGAGACCCAGAAGCUUGAACUGAUGUCUGAAGUGUCCAACCUAAAGCUGAAGCUAAAUACCAUGGAGAAGGAGAGAGUGGACUUUGAUGACAGAUUUAGGGACAGCGAGGAUUUGAUUCUUGAAAUCAAUGAACUGCGGUACAGAUUGACAGAUCUGGAGAGUGAAAAACUACUGUACGAAAAGAAACUGAAAUCCACAAAGGAGGAGCUAGCUAUACUGAGGAGGCAGCUGGAGGGCAAAGACGGAGACAUGAGGAGACUACAGGAUGAGACGGGCUUCAAAGCCAUUGCCUCGAGCAGUGCAGAUCCCUCAGAGAGAGUCUCUCAUCCAGAUGAAACUCUUAGAAAGAGGCUGAAAGAAAAACAUGUGGAAGUGCAGAGAAUGAAAAAGGCAGUUGAAUCAUUGAUGGCAGCCAAUGAAGAGAAGGAUCGUAAAAUUGAGGAACUAAAGCAGUCGCUACUACGGUAUAAGAAAGUUCAAGACAUGGUGAUGUCGGUGCAAGGGAAAAAAGAGAAAACAAAAGAUAAUGAGUAUGCUGAGAAUCACGGUGAUGUAUGCCUCGCGCUCAUGUCAACCAACCCCAUGUCUGUGGAACCAGAAAAGCAUGAAGUUGCAGAUGUUCUGCAACUGAAAAGGAAGAGCCCAGAUGAGCUGGACAGUCUCAAUGGAGUGGGUGAAGAGCCUUUGGCUACACCAAGCCCUUCGGACCCAGAACAAGUAUCUGAGUCCACACCAACAGAUGUAGAAAGCAGCCAUGAUACUACAAAGGCUGGAAGCCAGGACCACCUGGAUAGGAGUGACAGGAGCAAUAAUGAAAAGAAUACAAGUGAAGAAAUCAUUAAGAUGAGUGAAAAGCCACCUUUGUGUCCCUCUGCCACCUUGCCUGCCAACAUAGAGGAUGACAGCUUUGGCUCGAGAAAGGCUCGUUCAUCUUUUGGAAAGGGUUUCUUCAAGAUCCGCGGGGGCAAGAAGACAGCCAGCACUCCUAACCUUGAUCGCAGCCGGAGUGCAAGUGCGCCUAUGCUAGCUGAAACGGAGCGACAGGGCACUGACCAUUUGGAUCUGGCCGGGCUGCCACAGAGGUCGACUAACAGCGACAGCACCCACACACUCCCUACGACCCCAGAGAGCAGGAAAAAAUCCAAGGGGAUAAAGAAACUUUUUGGGAAGUUAAAAAGAAGCCAGUCUACCACAUUUAACUUGGAUGACAACCUACCGGAGGGGGAGUUCAAGAGGGGUGGAGUGCGAGCCACAGCGGGACCCAGACUGGGUUGGUCUCGUGACCUACAGCAAGGCAGCAAUGAUGUUGAUGCCCCCUUUGCGCGCUGGUCAAAGGAUCAGGUGUGUGACUGGCUGCAGGAGCAGGGUCUCGGUCUUUAUGUGAACAUGGCUCGUGUAUGGAUCUCCUCUGGACAGACUCUGCUACAGGCCUCACAACAGGACCUGGAGAGGGAGCUGGGCAUCAAACACCCGCUGCACAGAAAGAAGCUGCAGCUGGCUCUGCAGGCCCUCGGCUCAGAGGAGGAGGAUAAUAAGGGAAAGCUGGACUACAACUGGGUGACGAGAUGGCUGGAUGACAUCGGUUUACCUCAGUAUAAGACUCAGUUUGAUGAGGGAAGGGUGGAUGGUCGCAUGCUGCACUACAUGACAGUGGAUGACCUGCUUUCUCUGAAGGUUGGAAGUGUCCUGCAUCACCUCAGUAUCAAGAGAGCUAUACAAGUGCUGCGACUCAACAACUAUGAGCCCAACUGCUUGCGUCGUAGGCCAUCUGAUGAGAACAACAUUACUCCAGCAGAGAUUUCCCAGUGGACCAACCACAGGGUGAUGGAGUGGCUGCGGUCUGUGGACCUUGCUGAAUACGCUCCCAACCUAAGAGGCAGCGGUGUGCACGGAGGCCUGAUGGUUCUGGAGCCACGGUUCAACGUGGAGACCAUGGCGUUGCUGUUGAACAUCCCCCCAAACAAGACUCUGUUGCGACGCCACCUUGCCACACAUUUCAACCUGCUCAUUGGCUCAGAGGCCCAGCAGCUCAAACAGGAGUGUCUUGAAAACCCAGACUACACUCUGCUUACUGCCACCACCAAGGUCAAGCCAAAGAAACUGUCGUUUGGUAGCUUUGGGAGUCUGAGGAAGAAAAGGCAGGAUGAGAACGAAGAAUACGUGUGUCCAAUGGAUGUGGAAAUGCCAAAGGGAAGAAGUUUCCAGAAAGGCUUCGAGCUCCAAAUCUACGAGGACGACCUUGACAGGCUAGAACAGAUGGAGGACUCUGAGGGAACUGUGAGACAGAUUGGAGCUUUCUCCGAGGGUAUUCAAAACCUGACGAGCAUGCUGAAAGAUGAUGAAUUCUUUAAAGAGAUUUCAAAUUCGCCGAAUCCCAGUGUAACAGAUGAGGACUCUAACGCAUGAGACUGUCAGCACCACAAGACCUGGUCCUGCUGUGAAUGAAACUCUGUGCCAACCCUCUCCACCCGCACACAGACUUGUCUCAACAAACCCCAAAAAUGCUCCCACAUUUCUUUUAAGUGCUACAUUCAGAGAUGAGCCAAAAGUAUUAUAGUGUCUUUCUUUUAUCUGUUCUAAACAAUGGUGUUGUGAAAGCAUACAGUCCAGUAGCCACUAUUACUCCUGAACUUUGUCUCCGUUAUUGUUGUCUGAUGACAGAGGGAACAUUAAGGGCAACACCACUGCUUGCCUGCCAGCUGGUUUCUGGAGAUAUUUAUGUACUGGCAUCUUUCUUUUUAUAACAGAACUGAAAUGUCAACCAGCACAAGGUGAACAUCUAGAAUAUGCCAAUAUAGAUUUAAUAUAUGUCUUCUAAAUUGCGUUUUGACUGUAGAAAUUUUGGGAAAAAGAGAUGGACUUCAUAGAAGUAAAAUGCUGAGCAGAUUUCCCCAUUUUUAGAAGUUAGUGUAAAGUAAUAACUCUGAAACAGCUGCUAUGUUUUCUACAGAAUUAAACCCGGCUAAUUCAUUCAUUGAUAAUUGUCUUAUAUUUUAUCCUAUUCUGAAAACUGAACAGGUUUUGACUCAACAGUAAUACUCUGCAUGUAUUUGCACCAAUACAUAUGACGCACGUACAAAACCUAAUGAAUUUCAUUGCAUGGUAUUGAAUCCAACACAUCCAUAUAUGAGUUUGUCAUUUAUUUUAUAUUAUUUGAAGCAUAAAUUGAUUUUAAUGGAAAUCUGUUGGCUUACACAGAGUUAUUUUUGGAAAAGUGUUGUGGCAUAUUCACAUCUGUGAGAUAAGAAUGUGUCAAAGUAAUAAUGUUGUAAUGCAGCCCUCGACCAUACCUAAGAAGAUGGUGUGUUUUCUUUUUUAACGUUUAUCCGGUUAUUAAGUUCAAUAAAAUAAGUUAAAUCAA